AUGAGAUAUAGUCGUACCCAGUCAACUGCUGCAGAAGGACAAGUAGCUCGUUGUACCAGCGGCAAUCCUCUUCUCGGCACCAAUGACCCCGGCUCUUCGUGUCAGGGGAACCUCGAGAUCAUUAGAUUCAGAGGUGCUCAGGAAGCAGUUCGCUCAGUCAGCCGAGGCUUGCGAAACGUCGUAUUGGCAAUCGUGGACAGCGGAGUUGAUGUAUCCCACCCGGAUCUGAUCAAUCAGUUCUGGAAAAAUCCAGACGAUGGUUCUAUCGGGUUUAACUUCCUAGAUGGUAAUACCAACGUUAAUGAUGAGAACGGCCACGGCACUCACGUUGCUGGAAUAGCUGGCGCUCAGACUAAUAAUAGUAUUGGUAUCGCUGGUGUUGCAGACGUGAAACUCAUGAUCCUGAAAUUCAUGGGUAGUGAUGGCAAAGGUCCUCUCAGUGGCGCAUUGAAUGCUCUCGAUUAUGCAGUCGGGAUGGGUGCUGCAGUGUCCUCACAUUCGUAUGGCGGUAAUGUGCCAAGCCGGAUCUUCGAAAAUGCAAUCCGGAAUGCUGCUAACGCUGGCCAUAUUGUGGUUGCUGCUUCUGGGAAUGAAGGAAUGAACCUGGACGAGACCCCAACCUAUCCUUGCUCGUACUCAAGGUCGAUUCCUUCUAUGCUCUGCGUUGGCGCGAGUUCUUCGACACCGACCUCGCCUGUAUCCCUCGCCUCCUUCUCGAACAUCGGUUCUGUGGUUGGUGUUGUCGCCCCUGGCGUGAAUAUCCUUUCGACGUACCUCUCGGGCUCGUACGCUUUUCUCAGUGGUACAUCGAUGGCUACGCCUCAAGUUGCGGGUGUUGCGGCCGUGCUUGCCACAUUGGGCUUGGCAGGGCAGAGCAUCACUGACUCUAUAACACG